AUGUCGUCCACUUCACCGUCGGUCGCCGCGACAGUGACGGCGCUCCUCGCCCUCACCACACCCUUCGUGGCACCGCCCGGCUGCCCCCGCUUUACCACUACCAGUAUCCAUGAUACGUCCUCCAUUGACGGUGUCGCCGCCGUCCUCGUCGCCGACGACCCUUCCUGCUACCCUGAUGGCUGGGCUGACGUCGUCCCCGAGAGCCGUAUGCGUUUUAGCCCUGGUGUGUGCCCCAGCAGCUGGGUCUACUACGGCAUGGGCAGAGCCGGUGCCCCGGCCGGGUUCACGGCCGCCUGCUGCGACAGCGGAUACACCCUCAUCAACUUUGAACAUAAUGAACUCGUCGCGCCAUACAUCAACGACGGCUGUGGCCGGUGGACAUCAAGGCUGAAUGCCGAUGCGGGCUUGGACAACGCCACUAUCACGGGCAGCACCCUCCUCGUGCACAGGGCCUGGGCCAUCACCUGGCAGGCCUCUGACAUUCCCACCCUCACCCCCCAGCCGCCUUCCCUCACAAACGACAUGUGGGUGCCGACAUGGACGCCUGGCGAGGUCAUCCCCGACGGAGAGCACGACCGCUCCCCCAACGGCGACAAUGUCAACCAUUUUCUGCCUGCGUCCCUGUACAUGUUAAUUUGUAUUGGUAUUCCCCUCAUCAGCGUCUUCUGUAUCUGCUCGUGCGUAGUCUGCUGCGUGCGGAGCAGCAAAAAGAAGAAGACAGCGCGGCGGGCGGCGGCGCUGCAAGCCACAGCAGGAGGUGGCAACGUGCAAAGUGAGCAUAAAUAG